CUUGUCGCGUAAGGAGAGCGGCGGGCAGGAGUUAGCUGCCCGUUAGCUCACAGCCGCCGUAGUAAAGUGGUUAUCUGUCAGCUAGUUGCUAGUAGCUGCUGCCAAAAGUGAGCUGUCCCCACGGCGAGAGCCAAACUUCGCCGACUUUGGGACGUUUUCUUCCCACACUGCUGGAUUAUAUAUUAUUUUUUGACAAGCCGAGGAGUUGUUUACAUCAUGAUGUCGCACAUGCUGGUGCCGAGGUAGGGAAAAGUAGCUAACAUCAGAUAACUUGGCUAACUGCUCAGAAGUACAUAUAUAGCUGAGAGAGGAGAGUGGUCUGAGACACCGGGCCCGCCUCAGACUAAAGUACCGGUGGCAGCUGCUCAGCAAGAACUUUGACAAGGGCCUGUUUACAACUCCGCUGCCGGGACACAAGGAAGGCCGACCGUGUGUGUAUGUGUGUGAGGGACAGUGUGUGAGAGGGAGAGAGAGGCCGGGAGGAGGAGAAGAGCUUCGGCCCGUCUGCUGCGACCGGACACCGCGGAAACGUUGCGGGACUCCUGUCGUGGUCUGGCCUCGGUUGUGACACGUUUUUUUUCCUCGGACAGGAGGGAGAAGAAAGAGGAACGGUAUGGAAAUGUACUGUGACGGUACAUGCCUGUGUCAAAUCCUUUAUCUGUGAACACUUAGCAAGAGCAGUAAGCACAGCUCUUGGUUUCAUCUGGGAGCUGACAGAACUUGACGCAGUUAGUCAACAUGUCGAAAAUGCAGGCGAAGAAGAAAAGUUGUUUCCAGAUCACGAGUGUAACGCAGGCUCAGGUGGCGGCGAACACCAUCCCUGACGACGCCGAGAGCUUGGACGAUCCGGACGAAUCCCGGACGGAGGAUGUGUCGUCGGAAAUAUUUGACGGCUCUCGGGGUGAACUGGGGGUGUGUGACAGGAGCUCAUCCGAGGAAACCUUAAGCAAUGCCGGGGAGUCUCAGGAGGGCCAGCUGCCUAACACGGGGCCUGUCAACGGGGGGCUCUCUCAUAAUAUCAGUAUGGUCUCUGGGCGUGCUACCCCACAUAGUGUUGGAGGAAGUGUGGGCAUGUCAGCUACAGCUCAGCCCUUUGUUUCAGGCUCAGCCACCACUGCGGUCCCUGGUUCCACUGUAUCUAGCACUGCUGCUCAGACAGCUCCCGUGAGCACCAACUUUACUUCCCGUUUCAGAGUUAUCAAACUUGACCAUGGUACUGGAGAGCCCUUCAGACGGGGCAGGUGGACAUGUACUGAGUACUAUGAGAGAGAUUCAGAUUCAAAUAUUAAUCGGAGUGACAGUAUAAAGUCCACUUUGACUCAUGACCUCAGUUUAGACCGGGACAGUGGAUUAGGAGCCACUGGUAAUUCUGUCUUCACUAGCAGUUCUCAGACUUUGGACACCACCACGGAGAGCGGCUACUCUGCCUCUGUUGGAAACCCCGCCCACCCACACCCUUCAGAGUCUUGGCAGCAAGGCUACAGCUUGGCUUCUCAGAUAGGAAGCGGAGCAAGUGCCUUCCAACCCACGGGGUACACAACUUCAUCAUCACAGCAAUCAUAUCAGGCUCAGGUUAAUAUGUUGCCUGUAGCUGCUCAGACCUUCCCCUCUAACAGCUUCAAUGGUGUGCACCAAUCUACAAUGCAGCAGAAUACUUCCAUGCCUGCUGCCCCACAGGCCCAGCAGUUUCCUUACUCAACUCAUCAGCCCCACUUUGGCUCGAGCGCUCAGAACCUUCCUGUGACUUCCAUUGCUGUAGGACCCCCAACUAGACAAGUGUCCCCACCUGUAAUGACCCCUACUGGUCCUGGAUCAGUGGUGCCAGGUGGAGAAGCAGCUUCAGCCCAGGGCCUAUCGCUGCAAGCUGGUGGCGCACCAUCUAUGGUAGCCCCCUGUCAGGCCGCUGGUCAGACUCAGCCUUCAGGAGGGUUAGGCAUUGCUCCUGCACCUUCCACCACCACUACCUCUCACAGCGGUGGCCAUAAUGUGCCUUCCACAGUGCCCAGUAUAACCAACACUUCUCCGGGUGUGCCAAGUCCCGGACACCCAGGAGGACAUAUCCAGCUCCAGGGGGCUCACGGAGGAGCCACAGUAGGCCUUCCCCCCGUCUUCAGUAACCAGCCAGAUGAUAGCGGACCGAAUACUGAUGCCCUACCUCAGCACACUGCCGGUGUGGUGCCAGAAAAAGAUGGUGUGAAUCCUCUCAGCGAGGGCCCCAACCCACCCUCUCCUGCUGUCAACAGCCUCUUUGGCAUCCAUAUUACCAUGGAUAUGGACGGGGACAGGAACCCGUCCACUGCUUUCUACCAGGCUUUCCGGCCUAGCCGAUUACGAGGGUCAAAGCCCAUCAACGAUAGACAAGAGCUGAAGCACAGUGCCUCGGGAGCCAGCGUCGUUGCCAUCGAUAACAAGAUUGAGCAGGCAAUGGAUCUGGUUAAGAGUCACCUGAUGUACGCUGUUCGUGAGGAGGUGGAGGUGCUGAAGGAGCACAUCAAGGAGCUGUACGAGAGAAACUCUAUGCUGGAGCGCGAGAACGCCGUGCUGAAGUCACUGGCCAACUCGGAGCAGCUCAGCCAUCUGACCAAUCAGCUCACCCAUGGCAGCAGAUCGCCGCCGCCGCAGCAGCAACACCCGCUCGUCACAAACAGCACCCCCUCUCUGGUUCACCACGAGGGAAGCCAGAGCGUCCCUCAUCAGCCCGACAUCACCUCAGCGUGAUUCCCUCUUUAUAAACUGUCAGAAACACACGUCCCAUGGACAGGAGUCUGUUGGCAAAGGCAACAACUAACUACUACCGUCCCCUUAACCCCAAACAGCAAAUGGACUCGGCUCUGUGUUCAAAGUGCUCCACUUGAGGACAAAUCAACAAAGCAACAUCUGUGUUUGUCACUAAGAGCUGUGUCAGCGUGUGCUGAUGUCAUCAGGCCUUCACAUUGUUUAAGACAUUUACCAUCCUGUGCAAAGUCUUAUUCGGGCCUUAUGUUUGGCUGCAACAGAGCUGAAAAAGGAGAAGAUG